CAUCAUCGUCGCCGAUCUCUCUCGCUGUGAAUCUGAGACUCACAAAUGAGUGCACCGGGUUCGUCUAGAUCUAUUCCCUUCAAAUCGAAGAAACGAUUAUUUAUGAAUUCGCCAUGUUCAACAAAACCGCCGAUCGGAAACCCUAAUCUGUCUCCUGUAUCUCUACCCACGCCGGAGAAGCCGCCGGAGAAUCCUACACUGGGUAAAUUCUUCGAUGCGUUGGAUAGUUCAAUCACGUUAUCAAAACUGAGAGGUUCUAAGCCAACAUUUUCAAACAUCUCCAAGAUCAUCGAGCAUUUAACCCAAAGGAGUUUUAGCUACAGUCACUUGGCUCAACUUAAGCAUAUAUUGCCAGAAGCUAUUGAGAUUAAGAGAGUGUUAAUACAUGAUGAGACAACUUGCUGUAUGAAACCAGACCUUCAUGUUACACUCAAUGCUGAUGCUGUUGAAUCCAAUGAUGACAAGUCUAAAUCUGAGAGUAAGAGAGCCAAUCUCCGGAAAGUGUUUCGAGCAAGACUUGCGGAGUUUGUUAAAGCUCACCCUCAGGGUGAUGAGGUUCCAGAGGAACCGCUUCCUCAGCUAUUUGAUAGAUGGAAGCCGAAUGAAAACUUAAAAGUUGAGGUUGAGAGUGUUAUUUCUGUCAUGGAAGAGAUGGCCAAACCAACUUCGUCUGAGCUAAACAUCCUACAUUCAACGCCGGCUAAAAUUGACUCAACACCAGUUGUUGUUGCUUCAACUCCGGUUGACUUUGUUUCAACUCCUGCCCGGAUGUUCUGUACAUCACUGGCAGCUUUUCCGCAGAAAAGAAGCAGUGAUUCUAUUGAUGUAGAUGAUGUUUCGACUGAUCGACCGGUUAAGCUUGUAAGGCGUUCCUUGUUGAUGAACUUUGAAUCUUAUCCUGAGGACGAGAAAUCUGCGGAUGUGACAGAUGAUGAACACGUUGAUCCAGUGCCAGAGAUAGAUGUAUCCAGUGAUGAUGAAAGCCUCAGCUUACUUUCUGAUAAACUUCGACCAUUGAUAAAAGAACGAGAGAUGAAAGCAAUUGAGGAUCAAAUUCCAGCAAUCUCACAGGCAAAAAGAAGGCAGAAGAUGAUCGCUUGUCUACCUAAACUUUUCAAUGUCAUCCAUUACUUAAUUCAGUCAACUAGGCGUUCGAUUAUCACAAAAGAAGAGCUUGUGCACAAGAUAAUAGCUGGUCAUUCUGAUAUUACUGACAGAAAAGAAGUUGAAGAACAACUUAUCUUACUGCAAGAGCUUGUCCCGGAAUGGAUGUCUGAGAAAAUAUCAUCAAGUGGAGAUGUACUAGUAUGCAUAAACAAAUUGGCAUCUCCCCAAACAAUCCUAUCGCGCCUAGAAGAAGAAAACAAGCAAGAGAUAGCUCCACCACUUUCUUGAGAUUGCGGUUCUAUUGGCUCUGCGGUUACCACGUUUUAUAACAGCUUAGGUAGGAUGACAAACUAUUUAGGAGGGUGUUUUUAAUCUAUUUUCGACCAUUAUGUUAUUUCUCUAUUAAUAAAGGAGUCAUUUUAUCAUAUGUUAGUAGAUACAUUUUGUAUCAGAAAGCUUAAUAGAACAAUGCUAACAUACUUGAAAUCCUAGGAAGACAAUUCUAUUUCAAAAUAUGUUAUGUCGUUGAAGAAACCUUAAGUGAUUUUAUGAAUGUCAAUUAUGACCAAGCUAUUAACACUAUUAACUACUCUAG